CAGGCUCAGCCCAGGGAGGUUAGGCAACGGGAAGGUGCGCAGAGACAGGCAAAGAAGGCUCAUUGCAUAAGGAAGCCGGGACUUGAUCAGUCAGUUUGGCUGCUUGGAGAGGUCUUUCAGUGUACACCUUUUCCAGAUCACAGUAUCCCGGUUCCUGGACCUUGUUCCUACACAGAGGAAUUUCUUCAAGCCUGUGAGACCCGUUCCAAGCUUUGCCUAUCUUUGUCCCAGGACAGGACUCCUCAGUUCCUGCCUCCUACUCUUCACUUAAGCAAGACCCUGGAUUUGGGAUGCAGAAGCCCCAGCUCUUGGUCCCUGUCAUAGCCACUUCAAAUAGAACUCUGGUCCACCCAGCAUACUUCCUUCUGGUGGGUAUCCCUGGCCUGGGGCCUACCAUACACUUUUGGCUGGCUUUCCCACUGUGUUUUAUGUAUGCCUUGGCCACCCUGGGUAACCUGACCAUUGUCCUCAUCAUUCAUGUGGAGAGGCGUCUGCAUGAGCCCAUGUACCUCUUCCUGGCCAUGCUUUCCACCGUUGACCUAGUCCUCUCCUCUAUCACCAUGCCCAAGAUGGCCAGUCUUUUCCUGAUGGGCAUCCAGGAGAUCGAGUUCAACAUUUGCCUGGCCCAGAUGUUCCUUAUCCAUGCUCUGUCAGCCAUGGAGUCAGCUGUCCUGCUGGCCAUGGCUUUUGACCGCUUUGUGGCCAUUUGCCACCCAUUGCGCCAUGCUUCUGUGCUGACAGGGUGUACUGUGGCCAAGAUUGGACUAGCUGCCCUGACCAGGGGGUUUGUAUUUUUCUUCCCAUUGCACUUCAUCCUGAAGCGGUUGUCCUACUGUCGAACACAUACUGUCACACACUCCUUCUGUCUGCACCAAGAUAUUAUGAAGCUGUCCUGUACUGACACCAGGGUCAAUGUAGUUUAUGGACUCUUCAUCAUCCUCUCAGUCAUGGGUGUGGACUCUGUCUUCAUUGGCUUCUCAUAUAUCCUCAUCCUGUGGGCUGUUUUGGAGCUGUCCUCUCGGGGGGCAGCACUCAAGGCUUUCAACACCUGCAUCUCCCACCUCUGUGCUGUUCUGGUCUUCUGUGUACCCCUCAUUGGGCUCUCGGUGGUGCAUAGGCUGGGUGGUCCCACCUCCCUGCUCCAUGUGGUUAUGGCUAAUACCUACUUGCUGCUACCACCAGUAGUCAACCCCCUUGUCUAUGGAGCCAAGACCAAAGAGAUCCAUUCAAGGGUCCUCCGUAUGUUCUCACAAGGUGGCAAGUGAGACACCUUAGUGUCUCACUUCUACUACUACUAUGGAAGAUGGGAAUAUUAGGAUCUUAUUGAAUGCCUUGGUGAUUAAAGCAUCAAAUCUAUUGUGCUGUCUUCUUCCAGCAAUUUAAGUAGAUCAUGUAUUCUAUCUCCAGGAAUGUGUCAGUACUGAACUUAUGACCCUGUCUGGACAUCCUGGAGAAUGACUGCACUAGUCCCUCUGCUAUGGUGGUCUUGCCUUCUCCUUCUCUCUCAGCUAGAAAAUACAUCUAGUUUUGACAUGGGGAGGCUGUAAAGAUCACACCUCAUGGUUCAUUCCAGUCUUGAAGUAUGAUUUUAAUGUUCUUGCCCCCAUGUACCCAUGUUGGUGAAUUUGCAUGGUCUAUAAAAGUUAUUGCAAAUACCCUAAAGUGGUUACCCAGCCAUAAUCAGGGGUUAAUGAAGGUAUUUGGGGAAUAGUAACUGUAGAGACAGCAACACGACAAGAGGCAGCUCACAUGCGAUGUGGAAGUUUCUGUAUGCAGGAGGAUGUGUUGGCAGAUUUCACAAAUCUGCCAAUUUGCAUCUGUGUGGUUCUAUAUGACUAUUUGUCCAUAAGGGUGCCAUGUAUUCUGGUUGUGGGUGUGAAUGUGUGGGUGUGUUUAUGUGGACACAUGUGCUUUUCAGUGUGUGUAUAUGUGAGAGAGAGGGUGCACACAUGGAAUACGUACUGGCUGUGUCCUAGUGAGUGUGGUAGCUAUGUCCUGGCACGUGUAUGUUUCAUGAGUCAUGUCUCUGAUUGUGCAUUUGUAUUUCUGUGGUAUCUGUUAGUUGGUAUAUGAUAUGUGUCUAUGUGAGAAUGCUGCUGUCUGUAUCUGUAUGGUGGGCAGUACCUUUAUGUGUAUCUGGUAAGAAUGCUGCCUCUACCUUUUCUUCAUAUUUGUAAUAUGUGAAUGUGGUGCAUGAGUGUGUGGAAUGUGUAGUAUUGGGAUGCCUGUAUCUUUUAGCGUGUUUGGGCAUAUGUCUACUGUGCAUAACAUUUGUGAUGUAAAACCAUUUUGUGCAGUAUAUGUGUUAUCAGUUGUAAGUCGGUGAAAUGUAUGUCUGAAUUCUGUGUGCAUAUUGUUGGUGCUGAUGGUAUUUUCGUGCAUACGUCUGGUAUAUAUGUUUUAAGGCAAACUUUCUUUGUGUGUUUGGUGUGUAUGUGACACAGGAGUGGGAACAGCAUCUGUAUUUCUGAGCAUUGAUUGACCUGUGGUGUCUGUAUGUAUCUUGGAAUGGAGGAGGGAGAUUGAAGAAGUCUGGCUGUGAGCAGCAGAAAUAAUUUCCAAAGUUGAGUGACAUGACUCUAAGAUGCCCAGUUUCUCGGCCUGGGGUCAGCCUGGGUGAUAGCUCAGUCUGUGGGAAUGAAAGGAAACAUGGUGCUUCCUUGCUCCACCUUUUCACAGGCCAGACCACACCUUCUUCAUCGUGAACACAAGGAUUUCAAUGGCUUUUGUUACCUCUUCCUACCUUUCCUACCUCUGCUAUCUGAGACACUGGCCUCCCUAAACCCUGCCCUCCUGCCUCAAUAGCAGGUCAUGGUAUCCUCACCUCUCCCUUCCCUUUUUGGCUUGUCUGCCAAACAUGUAUAAAAGGCCUCGGUUCCCCAUCUCUACUAAAAAUACAACAAUUAGUCGGGUGUGGUCGCGCGUGCCUGUAGUCCCGGCUAGUUGGGAGGCUGAGGCAGGAGAAUCACUUGAACCCAGGAGGUAGAGGUUGCAGUGAGCUAAGAUCAUGCCACUGCACUCCAGCCUGGUGACAGAGCGAGACUCUGUCUCAAAAAAAAAAAAAAAAAAAAAAAGCCUUAGUUGUAGGGAGUUUCUCCUAAUCCCUCUGGGAAAGCAAGGGUGGAGGGGAAGCCAGUCAGUCUCCCUUCCGUUGCCGCAUGGAAACUCCCUUAAGGCAGGAAGCUGAAAAAACUGUAGCAGUCACCUCAUUAUUCACCUUAUCUCAUGUCUCACUGUCCUUCCACAUGUCUCACUGUUACUCCAUAUUGGAUGGAAGUAGAAGUCCCUUUGGUAUUUUUUAAAGUCUUUGCCAUGUCUAAGUUAAUGAGGUUAAUGGAGGCAGCAGAGAUGGCUCCAGGGUUCUGAUAGCAAGUGUCAGGCUGCAUGCUCUGUAGGCACCAGAAACUGUUGUCACCAGUAAUUUUGAUGUGGUCUGAGUUAGAAUGGUCUGAUUUGCCAUUAUCUAUUUUAGCAUAGCUUGAUUUAGCAUGUCCUGUGUUCUGGAUUUAAAACUUACAGUUGUGAAACUGAUCAGUAAAAAAUAAGGGGAGACCAACU